AUGGAGUCUUGCUACGUAUUCCGCACCUGGGCCGGAGAAACCCUCACUAUAGCCUGCGCAAUCGGCUUGGUAACCUCAAUCGCAGGCAUCCUAGCAGUAUAUGACGGCAAACCCGUACCGGACUGGGGCGGCGAUCUCAAUCUCAACGCUCUCAUCGCGCUUUUAUCAACGGUUCUGCGAGCUCUACUAGUUCUCACUGUCGCACAGAUCAUAUCGCAAAGGAAAUGGGACUGGUUCAAUGUCACGAGUGCCCGGCCAUUAUCGGAUAUUCAGCGAUUCGACUACGGGAGCCGCGGAGCCUACGGAGCGUUGCUUCUCAUUCCGACUGUUUUUCUCAAGGACUUUGUUACACUGGCUGCUGCCGUCGUGUUGCUACUGUCGUUCUUGGUGGGACCUUUUGCUCAGCAGGCUAAUGGAGCGGCGCCGUGCUCAUUUCCUAGCGCUACGCUCAAUGCAUCACUUCCCUUCGCGCACACGGUACCUGGGAGUGGUGGCUACAUCCCUUUUACAGGUGGUUCAGACGGAGGCCCCACAACCGACCUUGUCGCCGCAAUUCUGUCCAGUGUCGUAUCGCCCUACGGCAUUGAGAACAAGAUUCGCACAAGUUGCCCCACGGGAAAUUUAACGAGCAAGAUCGAGAGUACAGAGUGGAGUAACAACACUGUCCACUCUCUGCCAAGCGGCUUGAACCUAUCAGUAGGAGCAAGCCAUUUCGAAGUCUCGAUCAUGAAGCCAACUCCCGACCUCACAUGGAUGGGCAGUCUCCUAACCGACAGCGUCAGAGAAGCAUCCAGAUGGGCAUACGUCAACGCGACCCUCCUCAACAUCGGCAGUACCCCCAUCACCGCCUCAGUAUGCAGCCUGUACCCAUGCACACGCACCUACAAAAGCAUAAUCAAAGACUCCGAGCUCCACGAAUGGGAAGCCCCCUCCUCAGCCAUGCGCCUCCAAAUCGGCGGCGCCCACCACGAAGAACUCGACCUGCCCACUUACAGAAACAGCCUCUCCAACACGGAAUACGAAUACACAACAAGACGAGAGCCGUGCCGAGUAGGCCCCUGGACGCUAUACAGCGGCGGUUUCAUCCCCGAAGGCACCGCGACAGCGGAAUUACAGCUCUUCGACUUUUCGCACGAGAAAUAUUCGUUUGAGAAUAUGACGUGGCCGGAACAGUGUAUUUACCGGCAACCAGCCGGAUUCGUUAAAGCGGUCGCUAUGGUUAUGAACGACGAUAUUUUCGACGGGUAUUGCCAGUCGUAUAAAACGUUCGAUUGCUUCAAGAACUGCAAGAAUAGCCAGUUUUGUCAGUUGGAAAGUCAGUCUAAUCUGGCGCAUAUAGGCGUUAAUGCUGUACUGCGGCCGCUGGUAGAAACAGAGGGCAGCUCGAGCCAUGCCAAUGUCACGAAACUUUUCGAUGCCGUGGCGAACGCCAUGACCAACCGCUUUCGUUUCCAGUAUGGCAGCGCGACAGCACGUGAUUUCAGCUACGGCGCGCACGACCCGCUUUUGGAUGUGGUGUAUGGACUCGCGUGGGAGACGAAAGCGUGUGUGGAGAUGAGGUUGAAAUGGCUUUUGCUCCCGAUCUGUCUUACCGUCACUACAUGCAUUCUUUCCGUUUGGGUCAAUAUUACAAACUGGAGAAGACGACAUAGCGUGCCAAUCUGGAAAGAUAGUAUCUUGCCGCUGGUGUUCUACGGACAGAGUAUCAAACCACAAGACGACACGCCGUUGUCUCCGCAGCGAUUUGGCUUUGGUAGAGAGGCGGGUGGAGACAGGGCGGAUGGACUCAUGGAAGCGAGUAAAAUGGCUGCUGCUAGUCGCGAUAUUAUGGUGACUUUCCAGUGGCCUGACAGCCCACGAACGGACAAGUUUGAGGACAAGCGUGGCCAGGGUGUGAGUUCGGCUGCGGCUUUGGCGAAGGAGUGUAAUGUCGCAAGUGUUCCGUUGAGGAGAAUAGAUAUUUGGGGUAAUAUUGUGGUGAAUGGUCGGAGGAACAAUUGA